UGACUGUUCUUUAGUUCGGAUAUCAUGGAUACGAAACCUCCAGAAGUUUUGAAAAACCCUGUAAAUGUCCCCUACAAGACGUUGAUGGGGCCAGGCCCGUCAAAUUGUUCCCCGAGGGUAUUGUACGCAAUCGGGAGGAAUGUAUUGGGGCAUAUGCACAGUGAGGUGUUCCAGGUAAUGGAUGAGAUUAAAGAAGGACUUCGAUACGUGUUUCAAACAAGCAAUGAAUUGACAUUAGCUGUAAGUGCAGCAGGUCAUGCUGGCAUGGAAGCCGUAAUCAGCAACCUCUUGGAACCCGGUGAUAAGGUUCUAAUUGCUGUUAAUGGCAUCUGGGGCAUACGUGCUUCAGAUAUGGCAAGGCGAUAUGGUGCUGAAGUCAAUACAGUUAGUGUUCCAACAGGUGAAAACUUCUCGUUAGCUCUUUUAGAAAAUGCUAUUCAACGAGUGAAACCCAAGCUUUUAUUUAUCGUUCAAGGAGAAAGUUCAGCAGGAGUUUACCAGCCGUUGGAGGGCGUGGGAGAUAUAUGUCAUCGUUACAACUGUUUAUUUGCUGUGGAUACUGUAGCUUCCUUAGGAGGAGUACCCUUUUUUGCUGAUAAAUGGGGAGUAGACGCCGUUUAUACUGGAUCACAAAAGGUCUUAGGGGCCCCGCCAGGUCUUGCACCUAUUUCCUUUAGUCCCAGAGCACAAAAGGUAAUAUUUGAAAGGAAGACACCAGUUACCGUUUUCUAUUGGGAUAUGACAGAGUUGGGGCGACAAUGGAACUGCUUCAACAAUGUUAGGCCGUAUCAUCAUACUACCUGCUCUAAUUUACUUUUUGGGUUGAGAGAAGGCCUGGCCCAGAUAGUUGAAGAGGGCCUGGAGAAUGUCAUUAAAAGACACCAGUUAUGUGCACAAAAGCUUUACCACGGCUUAGAACGAUUAGGUCUUCAGCCAUUCGUUGAAGAUGCUCACAAGAGACUGCCAACUGUUACAGCAAUUUCCAUCCCAGAAAAUGUGGACUGGAAGCAAGUUGUCGACUAUGCCAUGAAAAAUUAUUAUUUGGAAAUUAGUGGGGGUCUAGGUCCAACCGCAGGAAAAAUUUGGAGAAUUGGUUUAAUGGGUUAUAACGCUACACCACAAAAUGUCGACCUUGUAUUAAAAGUUUUGGCGGAAGCGCUCCAAGAAGCGAGAACUAAACGAAGUUCAAAAUUAUAAAUUAAUUACCUAUUUUACAUAAACAUGUUAUGUUAAAUUGAGUUACAACUCAAUAAGUAAUAAUAAUAAUAAAAUAAGGAAUAAGUUUGCCUUCCUUUUAUUAGA